UAGUGGGAAGCUCCGGCGUGGGGCUAACUAAGUGUGAUGUGUGGGUGAGGAGGAGGAGGAAGGCGGGAGGAGGUUGGGCCAGCCAGCGGAAUGCUACGUGUCUUGAAAGAGCUUUUUAAAGCACCCCCUCCUCCUUGUCAUCGUCUUCCGUCACUGGAGCCAACUCAAAGUUUGGUCGACGUUCCGAGCGGAGCACCUCCAUCGAGCGAGCCCGGUGUCCUACAGCCUGUCGGCGGGUCGCCUUCGUGGAAAUGUCCGGAGUGAAGAAGCCUCGCACGGACCUGAACAGGUCUACCAAUGUGGUCUACCAGGCCCACCAUGUCAGUCGGAGCAAGAGAGGGCAGGUUAUGGGCACCAGGGGAGGAUUCAGAGGAUGUACUAUCUGGCUCACAGGUUUGUCCGGGGCGGGGAAAACCACCAUCAGUUUCGCCCUGGAAGAGUUCCUGGUGUCCCAUGCCAUCCCCUGCUACUCCCUGGACGGGGACAACAUUCGCCAAGGCCUCAACAAGAACUUGGGGUUUUCCGCCGAGGACCGCGAGGAGAACAUCCGUCGCAUAGCUGAGGUGGCGAGGCUGUUUGCGGACGCCGGGCUCGUGUGCAUCACCAGCUUCAUCUCUCCCUUCGCCAAGGAUCGUACCGAGGCCAGGAAAAUACACGCCAGCGCCGGGCUGCCCUUUUUCGAGAUCUUCAUCCACGCUCCCCUGGAGGUGUGCGAGAGCAGGGACGUGAAGGGUCUCUACAAGAAAGCCCGAGCCGGGGAGAUCAAAGGCUUCACGGGGAUCGACUCGGACUAUGAGCGUCCCGAGGCGCCGGAGAUGGUGCUGAAAACCGGGGAGCUGUCGGUGAACGAAUGCCUCCAACAGGUGCUGGAGAUGCUCCGCGAGCAGAACAUUGUGCCGAGUGAGAUCAUGGAGGAGGUGAAUGAACUGUUUGUUCCGGAGAACAAGCUGAGUCUGGCUGUGGCGGAUGCGAGCACGCUGCCCACCAUCAGCAUCACCAAGUUGGACUUGCAGUGGGUGCAGGUUUUGGCCGAGGGCUGGGCGAGUCCUCUGAAGGGCUUCAUGAGAGAGCGAGAGUUCCUCCAAGUCUUGCACUUUGGCAACCUCUUGGACGGUGGCGCCAUCAACAUGUCCGUUCCCAUCGUCCUGCCCGUCAGCGUCGAGACCAAGCAAGAACUGGACGGCUGUGCCGCGGUAGCUCUGGAGUACAAGGGCACCCGUGUGGCAAUCCUGAGGAACCCGGAGUUCUUCGAGCACCGCAAGGAAGAACGCUGUGCGAGACAGUGGGGGACUGUGUGUCCACAACACCCGUACAUCAAGAUGGUGAUGGAGGGCGGUGACUGGCUGGUGGGCGGCGACCUGCAGGUGCUGGAGCCCAUCAAGUGGAACGACGGCCUGGACCAGUACCGCUUCACUCCGCGGGAGCUCAAGCAGAAGUUCAAAGACAUGAAAGCAGAUGCGGUAUUUGCAUUUCAGCUGCGCAACCCGGUCCACAACGGCCACGCCCUGCUGAUGCAGGACACCAAGCGCCGUCUGCUGGAGCGAGGCUACAAGAACCCGGUCCUCCUGCUGCACCCGCUCGGCGGCUGGACCAAAGACGACGACGUGCCCCUGGACUGGCGCAUGAGGCAGCACGCCGCCGUGCUGGACCAAGGCAUCCUGGACGCCGCCAGCACCGUGGUGGCCAUAUUCCCCUCGCCGAUGAUGUACGCCGGACCCACAGAGGUGCAGUGGCACUGCAGGGCCCGCAUGGUCGCCGGGGCCAACUUCUACAUCGUGGGCCGGGACCCGGCGGGCAUGCCUCACCCGCAGACUAAGCAGGACCUUUAUGAACCCACACACGGGGGCAAGGUCCUCACCAUGGCUCCAGGUCUCACCUCUGUGGAGAUCAUCCCCUUCCGGGUGGCUGCCUACAACAAGUCCAAGAAGGCCAUGGACUUUUAUGACCCGGAGUGUCACGCUGACUUUGAGUUCAUCUCCGGAACCAAGAUGAGGAACUUGGCCCGCAGCGGAAACAACCCGCCGGAUGGUUUCAUGGCCCCCAAGGCCUGGAAGGUUCUGGUGGACUACUACAAGUCCCUGCACAAGGACAAGUAAAUGGGCUGCUAAAGGAUAACGUAGAGUACUGAAUUGAGGUGACUAAGUGAGGUGGGUGUCGGGGAAACUUUUUGCCAAAUCCAAAUACUUUGAAGCAUUUCUGCAUUCCUUUCUGAAAAUUGUGCGAGUUAUGAAUUCACGGCAGUUUGUUACACGUCAACCCUUAAUCUGAGGCGGCGCACUUACCUUAGCGCGCUUGUUCAAUCUAGGCACGCCGCGUGGGAAUAUGUCUUUUUAUGCAUCGGAAGUAACUAGAAAUAAGAAUUUAAUGUAUAUUUUUAACUUGGAGCACUUGCUAUUUGGGGAUACUUUCUGAAGGAUACUCAUGAUUUGAAGACACUGUUACUUGUUUGCCUUAACAAUGCCAUCACUACCUUAAGUGCCGAAACCUUUUAAUACGUGUGUGUGAACGCCUUGAAGCUAGUCGUGUGAGUACAGCAUACAUCAGGUGCUUGUUUGGGGGGUUUUGGCCCCAUGGCAUUUUUGACACAAAAUAAAACCUCUCGUCUCAACAAUUACAAUUGUUGUCACUUUUAACAGGAAGCUGAGAUAAGCAGUUGUUUUCAUACAGUAUACACCCCUGGCAUACAGUGCAUACCAAGGGUGGGUGAUACUGCCAAUGUUGAUAUCAAUCUGUUACAGGGUAAACACCAGGCCAUUGAAUGAUUUCACAAUUUUGCUUUGAAAUGUGUUGAUCCAGAUGAUAAUCGGAAUAAAACACAGCACAAAUGUUUUUGAUAUCAAGACUAUCGGUAUUUGGCUCGAUCCACCCACCCCAGCAGGUAUUGAUCCAACGUUGAUUUUCCGUCAUGUCCAUUAACGUUGCAAAAUAGUUGUAUUUGUACAUUGAGACAACGUUGGUUUCUAACGUUGGAUCCACGUUUCAACGGUCAAAUCAACGCCAGAACCCAACAUUGAUAAAAACGUCGUCAAAAAGCACGUUAUUUUAACGUUGUAUUUGUGUUGGAAAAUGACCAAAACUCAAUGGUCAAAUCAACGUCAGAAUCCAACAUUGAUUAAACGUCGUCAGAAAGCAUGUUGUUUCAACAUUGUAUUUGUGUUGUAGAAUAUUGGUUGGGAAAUUACCAAAAUUCAAUGGUCAACUCAAGGUCAGAACCCAACAUUGAUUAAACGUCGUCAAAAAUCAUGUUGUUUUAACAUUGUAUUUGUGUUGGAAAAUGACCAAAAUUCAAUGGUCAAAUCAAGGUCAGAACCCAACAUUGAUUAAACGUCGUCAAAAGGCAUGUUGUUUCAACGUUGUAUUUGUGUUGGAAAAUGACCAAAAUUCAAUGGUCAAAUCAACAUCAGAACCCAACAUUGAUAAAAACGUCAUCAAAAAUCAUGUUGUUUCAACGUUGUAUUUGUGUUGGAAAAUUACCAAAAUUCAAUGGUCAACUCAAGGUCAGAACCCAACAUUGAUUAAACGUCGUCAAAAAGCA